CCCUAACCCAACUUGCCGCUCGGCCCAGGGCCAGCCUCACCCACUCCGGGUCCAGCCCCAGCUCCGACUCUCCUGCCUCCGAAUCCGGCGCCCAAGCCGGAAGUCCGAGCGGCCGACUCGGGCGCAUGCGCAGAGAACGCCGCGGAGAGCCGCGCUCUGGAGCGCGGCGGGACUCGAGCGGGUGGGCCCGGCGCUGCGCGGCGUAUUUCCGGGCCGCGGCGCCCGAGCCCGUGCUCUCUUCCCGUGCUCUCCUCUCGCCGGGGCCCCUCGGGACGAACCGCCCCUCCUUGGGCGGGGAGAGGGAGCCAGUCGCGUGUCCAAGAGAAAAGCCCACGCCUCCGGAGCCGCCCGGGAGAAGCGCUGGAGGCGGAGGUAACGGGUCCGGGGACUCGAGGUCCGCCGUGGGAAUGAUCCACGAACUGCUGCUGGCGCUGAGCGGAUACCCAGGGUCCAUUUUCACCUGGAACAAACGGAGUGGCCUCCAGGUAUCACAGGACUUUCCAUUUCUUCACCCCAGUGAAACCAGCGUCCUGAAUCGACUCUGCCGGCUAGGCACAGACUAUAUUCGCUUCACUGAGUUCAUUGAACAGUACACAGGCCAUGUGCAGCAACAGGAUCACCAUCAGUCUCAGCAGGGCCAAGGUGGAUUACAUGGAAUCUACCUAAGGGCCUUCUGCACAGGGCUAGAUUCAGUUUUGCAGCCUUAUCGACAAGCAUUGCUUGAUUUGGAGCAAGAGUUUGUGGCUGAUCCCCAUCUCUCCAUAUCACAUGUCAAUUACUCCUUAGAUCAGUUCCAGCUCCUUUUCCCUUCUGUGAUGGUUGUAGUAGAGCAAAUUAAAAGUCAAAAGAUUCAUGGUUGUCAAAUCCUGGAAACAGUGUACAAACACAGCUGUGGAGGUUUGCCUCCAGUUCGCAGUGCAUUAGAAAAAAUUCUAGCCGUGUGUCAUGGAGUCAUGUAUAAGCAGCUCUCGGCUUGGAUGCUACAUGGACUCCUCUUGGACCAGCAUGAAGAAUUCUUUAUCAGACAGGGUCCAUCUUCUGGGAAUGUCAGUGUCCAGCCAGAAGAGGAUGAAGAGGAUCUGGGCAUUGGGGGACUUACAGGAAAACAAUUAAGAGAACUCCAGGACUUGCGCCUGAUAGAAGAGGAGAACAUGCUGGCUCCAUCUCUCAAGCAGUUUUCUUUGCGAGUUGAGAUUUUACCAUCCUACAUUCCAGUGAGAGUUGCUGAAAAAAUCCUUUUUGUUGGAGAAUCUGUUCAGAUGUUUGAGAAUCAAAAUGUAAACCUGACAAGAAAAGGAUCCAUUCUGAAAAAUCAGGAGGACACUUUUGCCACAGAGCUGCAUCGUCUCAAGCAGCAGCCUCUCUUCAGCCUGGUGGACUUUGAGCAGGUGGUUGAUCGUAUCCGAAGUACUGUGGCUGAGCACCUCUGGAAGCUUAUGGUAGAAGAGUCAGAUUUGUUGGGUCAACUAAAGAUCAUUAAAGAUUUUUAUCUUCUGGGACGAGGAGAACUGUUUCAGGCCUUCAUUGACACAGCCCAACACAUGUUAAAAACACCACCCACUGCAGUAACUGAACACGAUGUGAACGUGGCCUUCCAGCAGUCAGCACACAAGGUCCUGCUAGACGACGACAACCUUCUCCCUCUGUUGCACCUGACAAUCGAGUAUCAUGGCAAGGAACAUAAAGAUGCCUCUCAGUCCAGAGAAGGGCCUUCUAGAGAAACUUCUCCCCGAGAAGCUCCUGCAUCUGGCUGGGCAGCCCUUGGUCUUUCCUACAAAGUGCAGUGGCCACUGCACAUUCUCUUCACUCCUGCUGUCUUAGAAAAGUACAAUGUGGUGUUCAAGUACUUGCUGAGUGUGCGCCGGGUACAGGCGGAGCUGCAGCACUGCUGGGCCCUGCAGAUGCAGCGCAAGCACCUCAAAUCCAACCAGACUGAUGCAGUCAAGUGGCGCCUGAGAAAUCACAUGGCAUUCUUGGUGGACAAUCUUCAGUACUACCUGCAGGUGGAUGUGCUAGAGUCUCAGUUCUCACAGCUGCUUCAUCAGAUCAAUUCUACCCGAGACUUUGAAAGCAUCCGGUUGGCUCAUGAUCACUUCCUGAGCAAUUUACUGGCUCAGUCCUUCAUCUUACUGAAACCUGUGUUUCACUGUCUGAAUGAAAUCUUAGAUCUCUGUCACAGCUUUUGCUCACUGGUCAGUCAGAACCUGGGCCCACUGGAUGAACGUGGGGCUGCCCAGCUGAGCAUACUGGUUAAGGGCUUCAGCCGCCAGUCUUCACUCCUGUUCAAGAUUCUCUCCAGUGUUCGGAAUCAUCAGAUCAACUCAGAUUUAGCACAGCUACUGUUACGAUUAGAUUAUAACAAAUAUUAUACCCAGGCUGGUGGAACUCUGGGCAGUUUUGGGAUGUGACAGUGUCUGAUUCACAAACUGAAGUAACAAUCACACCUUCUCUAGUCUGUAACAGAAGAUACAAAACCAAUAUCCCGUUCAUCUCACCGAAUGUCUACUCACCGAAUGUUUACAGCCUAAUGAGGGAGCAUGACCUUUUCUUAUAGAAAUGGAGCACAGUGACUGAACAGCUGGGGAUACAACUCCCAUCAUUCCCAUCCAGCAGGGUCUGCCCCACUUCAGGGAGAGUUCGUCACUUGCCUAAGACUACUGGAGUAAGUUCUCCUUACUGAUACUGACAAUUCAAGAUUUGUUACGUCGAGAACCUCUGUUAACUGUUUAUUCACUCAAGAGUCACAUACUACACAUCUGUUACAUGCCUCAGUACUAUUUAAGUUGCAGGAAACAAGGCAAUAAACAUCUGAAGUAUUUUGUGGCUCAUGUGAAAAAAGAACUAUAUUUAUAGAUAGGCCAUCUGCUGGGUGUUACCUCUAAGGAAGCAAGGCACCAGGUAAGAUAAGGCUUUCCCUCAUUCCACAGCCUUACCUCCAGAAAAUUAAGACUCUUAAGAAUCUUAAUCCUGUAUAUCUUGAUAAUUUUACUAAUAAUUUCCUGUUGUUUUAAAUAGUAAAACAAAAUAGUAAAAUAAAAGGGCAAUUUUAGCUAAUGUCAUUUAUGUAGAGUACUUUUUACAAAGAAUUUAAAAUGUCCUUUAAAAAUUUAAGUGUCCAGAAGAUAGUACAGUAGUUAAGGUACUUGUUUUGGAUAUGACCAAACAAGGCUUAAUCCCAGGUACUGCAUAUGGUCCCCAAACCCCACCAAGAGUAACCCCUGAGCAUAGCCAAGUGUAGCCCAAAAAGCUCUCCUGAUGCACUACAAAAACAUUUGAGGCCAAAUUGCUAAAUUUCAAAUUCUAAGAAUUGCAAUAAGCAUAGAAGUUGGGAUUCUCCAAGUGUGGCCCAUACAUCCCAGAAAAUCAUCAAUGUUCAUAUAAGCAUGAGCAGAAAUAUUCAUUGAACUAUCCCUUCUAACUGAAAAAGAAUACAGCGAUUUGGUCCUCAUCUCUACCACCUACUAUUAACCAUAGUCCCUGCAGUUGUUAGCUAAAGAUGACUCCCUUCCACAAUUGCUUCUGGGGUAGAGUUAGCAAACUAUCAGCCAUCACCUGUUUUGUAAGUAAAGUUUUUAUUAGAACACAGCCACAGUCAUUACCUAUUAUUUCUGGUUGCUUUCAUGCUCAUGUGGCAAAAAUGAGUGUUUGUGACACUAUGGCCCACAGAUCCUAAAAUAUUUACUGUUUGGCCCUUCACAGAGAAAUUGCUGCUGAUCCCUGCUUAGAAAAUCUGAGAACACCAACAGGGAUAAUAUUAGAAACAGGGAAGGAAUAGCUUCCAGCAACUGUGAUAACAGUAAGAGUAAUAAAAUACUGGAUGUUUGGCUAUUUCCAGGUAUUCUCACUGUGCUUCUUAUGUUUACCUUUACAAAAAGUCAUCCAUUCAAGUUUAAGGUCAUUGUCCAUUCCCAGCAACUGCAUUGUUUUGGGUACUCAAAAGUUAGUUGUUAGUGAACUCAGCUCUAGGAAUUUUUUUUUUACCUUAAUUGUUAGGAAAUUUAGAGCUGUGCCCAAUUCCACCUAACUCUUGGUGCAGCUAUUAAUUUAAGCCUAUCAUUAAAUCAGGCUUUUAGAAGCACUGAAUU